GUGUCAAGCGCCUUGGGCGAGAAAAGCUGGGAAAGACGGUCUAGGCUGAGGCUUGUCCUGAGAUCUAUAUAGCGCACAGCCAAGUUGAGACGCGGCUCGUUGAUUCUCGCCCGUUUAACUUGUUUCACCAUCCCAUCUUCCAUCUCACGUCACCCCCGCCUUAUGAGUAAAAAAUUCAAGUCUCAAGCCUCAAGCAGCCGAGCUGCUGCGGGCGGGUUUAACGCCUUUGGGGGCUCGUUUGGGGGAUUCCAGAGUGCGUUUUCCAGCCAAGGGAAAGAGCCAUCCUCCCUUACCUAUGUGGCUGAACCUCCGGACCUCUCCCGCAUUUCCGAGCCUCAAUUGGUGAUUGCAUUUAAGAACAUUUUGAAGAAAGAUGAGAUCACCAGAACAAAGGCUGUCGAUGACUUACAAGAGCAUAUUGGCGCCAUCGAGAGUCGGGGGGGUACACUUGAUGAUGGGUUUUUGGAAGCUUGGAUCAAAAUAUACCCUCGAACUUCAAUAGAUCUCUCUCGGAGAGUCAGACAGACUGCCCAUUCCAUCCAGGGAUCUGUUGCCUCUCUGGUGGGUAAACGGAUUGCACGCCAUUUACCAAAAGUGAUCGGUGCCUGGCUCGCAGGGCUUUAUGAUACCGAUAGGCCUGUUGUCCGAGCUGCUCUGGAGUCAUUCACGCGCGUUUUCUCUACAGAAGAGAAGCGCAGCAGUGUGUGGAAAAUCUAUCAGAGUUCGAUCCUGGACUUUGUAGAUGAUGUCCUCCUUCAGCAGACCGCUUUGACUCUAAGCGAUGAGAGGACGGUGAAACCUGACGACGCCGAAGCGAAAUACGCACGUGUCGUUGGGACUGCCCUAUCUCUGUUUAAUCGCGUUCUAGGAAGCUCGGCAGAAGAGGAUCUGCAAAAGGAUGAAUCGACUAUUCAGAAUUUGCUUGGAAGUAAAUCGCUAUGGGCGUUUGGCUUUCAUGAAGACCCUUUCGUCCGUCGAUGCCUUUACGCGUUACUUCGAUCUACUGUAUCAAAGAAACCCGGGGAGCUCGAUUGGAGAAUCGUCAGCGCAUCACUCAUUGGAAAGUCCUUGGCACUGUCUCAACUGGGCUCAUCAACAGAGCUAUCGGGAUGCUUGCUGGAAGUAACAUCCUCAAGACCACAGUUAUGGACAACAGAUUACAUCGGAAAGUCUUCGCCAUCCAAGCGACUAAUACAGUAUAUCCAGAAGGGGUCACAGGGCGGCUUGGGCUCGUUCUGGACUAAUCUGACUCAGUUACUACGCACAGUUCCGUUACAAGUCUUAGCUAAGAAUGAUUCAGAAACAGAGGCAACCCAUAAAAUCAGCCUUUCUAACGCAAGUUCCCUAUUGGAAGCUUUCCAGGAAGGCCUUUACUCAAGGGAGGAGCCGCGCCAAAAUCUAGUGAUCGGGUGGAAGUCAUAUACUGAGACCUGCGUGUGGCUUUUAUCCUUGCUUGCUGAAAAUGAUAAGAAAGCGUUCAUUGAAGGUAGUGCAUCGCCGAUAUUAAGACGAUACUUGAUAUCGAAGGUAGACGAACCUUCUCGAGCGCUCCCAUCACAAUUUGCCGAAGCCAUUUGUUCUGAUAUCUUUGCGACGCUCGCCAAGGACGGGUAUACAAAUGAACUACAACCACUAUGGGCUGAAUCAUCGGAUAAGUUGCUUGAAGCAGUGAAAUUAUCCUCACCCGAACAGUCCAAAGAUUUCAAACCUUCUCAGGAUGCAAUCUGCAGCCAAGGCAAACGGCUCUUCGCUCUGGAAAGCACCAUCCUCACACGACUUUCCGGCACUGAGUUUGAAUCACAAGCGCUGGAUCUGUUUCAGAAGACCGGUUUACCACUAAUUGAGAGCUGUCUACAGGUCCUGGGGUCUCGGAAUGGCAAACCCUAUGGAGCGGCAGCAGUCGCCGAAGAAUCGAUCUGCUAUGUCCCUCAAAUCGCCCGGCGUUCUCAAAAGUUGCUAGCUUUUGUGACAGACGAGGCACCUGAACUCCUAUUCUCACCUUCCGGAGACCGCCUCUUUGCAAUGAUCCUUGCCUGUCGAAGUUGGGAAGGAUUCGGUUCAAGUUACGAAAAUGUGGUUGAACGUGUAAUAGAACUAGGACCCGAACAACCAAGUGCUCCUAUUCUCCAGAAACUCCUUUCCACGCUUCAAUUCAACGAGGUUGUUGACAAGGCUAAGCUUAACUCGGUCAUUAUGCAAGCUCUUGACCGAGCCUUGAAAGGGAGCCAACAACAAUGGACAAUUAUCGUUGCUGUCCUGGGAAAUAUCACGUUCCGUGGCGAACUUACUGAUUCUCUCUUCCUGAAAAUCAUCGAGUCUUUAUCUGUGGAUGGCAUGGUUCUCGAUAGCUUGUUCGGCUUGUCUCAAAUCGCGGAUACGGUUCCAUCUGCCAUUCGAGACUUUCAAAGUGGACCCAAUGGCGCGAAGCUUACUAGCAAAUUGCUGUACCUUUCUGAGUCCCUCGCAGAAGAAUCUGCAGGUCUUGCAGAUACCUUGGUAGCUAAACUGAGAGGAUUAGUUGCUGGCGAUGCGAGCACAACCUCUAACCUGGCAAUUCUACAACACAGCUUCGAUGAAGUCAAUUAUGAGUCACUUUCAAUUGAAUCUCUGCUUGGAAUUGCGGAAGAACUCCUCCGAACCUGCAAGACCGAAGAUAAGGAACACACAGUAAAGGGCAUUCUGCCUCCUGCCAUAUCAUGGGAGAAGGCAUUGAGUCCAUUUUUGAAUCUCCCACCUCGGCCUUCAAUGGCUUUGACAAGCCCUCUAGGAGGUGUCGUUCAUCUGAUCAACAGCCAAGUCUCGGAAGACUUCCAACAGAAGUGGAAUGCAGUCCCACGAGAUUCGAGCAACUGCUCUUCGGCUUUCCGACUAUUCUCUUACACUACCAGAAUCGCCUCAUCAUCUGAGGUUGUUGAGCUACUAGGUGAAGAGGAUCUACAGACAUUACUCUAUUACGUUCCUUUGGCUGUCCAGCUCGUUGAUGAUGACUUGAGCAUUGAGUAUUGCAAUGGCAUCACAGGAUUGGAGCUGGCGGAGCAGCGGGUGGAGUACAUGGAAGUUGUUGCCGAUGGCUGGAAGCUCAUCAACACCUGGAUUGAUUCGACUGUGCCUCACAGGGGUAGCCAGUCCGUCUCUUCAAUUUUGGCCACGCUAUGGGAAGACAAGCUAGAAAGACUUGCCAAUUUCUCGCCACUCGCAUACCGUAUUGGAGAAGCCUUUGUCAAGAUCAUGACGGCUUCGGAAUCUCUGGAAAUGCACAAAACUUCCGAUGACCUGACAAAGAUUUGUCGGGAAACUCGUAGCGCCAAUGCUAUACGUUCAGCAGCUUGGUUCUCUCUUCUACAAGACAAGAUCGUUUCUCUGCCGGCUGGCACAAGACUUUGUAACGAACUUAUUGCCGAUUCUACAGGCAUGAAGCCCCAGGAUGAAAAGAACGAAGGCCUGCGGAAAUUGGCACUUGCCAAUCUUUUAUUGUCCGGUGAUAAAGAGACGGUGGCCUCUAUUCCCACACAACGAUUAGUUUUCCUUGUCAAGAACCUCGUUCAAUGCUUACAAUGGGAGGCUUUGUCUCUGGGGCUCAAGGCUGAGAUCCUUAAGACCUUAACUUUGGUUUUAUCUAGCCUUAGUGAAAUCUAUGGGUCACAUUGGGAAGAGAGCAUGGACAUUAUGAACGCGAUUUGGACGGAAAUUGGUGGCGGAGACGCAGCCUUGCCUGUGCUAGCGUCCUCUUUCCGACUUUAUAUAUGUCUAGAGAGACUAGCGGAAGGCGAUGGCAAUGACGACGUGCAGGACGCGUGGUCUGAACAGAGGGCAACCCUCCAGAAGAACUUGACCUCUACCCUGACCACGUUUGAUUCUUCUAUCACGUUCCACCAGCCUCGCGAUCUGACCGUAGAGCUGUUGUGUCGAGUUAUCAGCAGUAUCCCGGUCAAGAACCUAGCCGAUGUGAGCGAGGUCUUCCCUCUGUUGACAGCGAACAGCCGGGUCAUCCAGCGCGCAGCGUAUGAACUCCUACACCGGUACAUCCCCAGUGUCCAAGAGCAGGUGUCUUUUGAUGUUGCCUUGUCGAAGACAGCUGUCAGACUCCCUGAUGAGCUCCUGUCUUUGCUUCUUGAACCUCCGACGAUAGACAUGAUUGCUUCUGUUGCCAGUGAAGACAAGGCGUGGACUCAAGUACGAUCGUACUUACUGAGUUGGAAGGUGGUAUUUGACCAUUUUUCGAAUGCUUCUCUUCCUGUGCAAGAACACUAUGUCUCCAAUAUCAAAGAAAACGACAGCCUCGCCCCUCUCUUGGAUUUCACGUUCGACUUCCUCCAGAGCGCUCCAGGGAAGUUCAUUGAUCCGUCGAAAUUAGACAUCAGAUCAUUUGAACCCGAUCAGUCCGAGACAGCCGAGAAAGAGACCCAGUGGCUGCUGGUGAAUCUAUACUAUUUGGCAUUGAAGUAUCUGGCCAACAUGACCAAGAGUUGGUGGCUCGACACCACAAAUCGCAUCAGGGGCCCAGUAGAAUCUUGGUCUCGGAAAUUUAUAUCGCCUCUGGUUAUAGGAGAUGCCCUUCAGGGAGUAUCAGAAUGGAUAUCGACUCAAGACGCCAACGAAGAAAGAGCUCUGAGCCUGAAGAUCUCCUCGAAAACGGCGGAGAUCAUAGCGAGCAUCUUUGUUGACGAAGAUUCGCCGCCCGUGGCGAUCUCCAUCUCCCUCCCGCCAGCGUACCCUCUGCAGCCUGCGUUGGUUGUAGGCCGGAGCCGGGUCCUGGUAGACGAACGGAACUGGAAGGGCUGGCUACUGGCAAUCCAGGGUGUGAUCAUGUUCGCAAAUGGUAACUUGGUGGAUGGGCUGCUUGCCUUCCGCCGAAACGUCCAGGGCGCUCUCAAGGGACAGAGCGAAUGUGCAAUCUGCUACUCGGUGAUCUCAACCGACAUGCAGACGCCAAACAAGCGAUGCGCCACCUGCAAGAACACCUUCCACUCCGUCUGUCUGUUCCGGUGGUUCAAGAGCAGCAACCAGAGCACCUGUCCUCUAUGCCGCAACAACUUCGUCUACGUGUAAUAAUCUUGAAUCAGUUUAUUUAGUAUACCAAGGUCGGAUUUCUGCUUGAAGCAAUAUUUUUUCGAUAAUUGUUAUUGAAGCACGUAUGAUACGACGGAAUAUAUAUAUAGAGAGAGAG